AUUGAUGCUGUUGUCAAUUUUCACCAUUUACUUAAUGGAAUAUUUGUCUGAAAUAGCUGGAUACUCAAUUCAAUUUGGCUAUCAGCAUCCGGCUGCAGUACCCAUCUAUGAAGUUGAGUUAAAUUGGAACAGUCCAGCUUAUUAUAUAAGUUAUGUCGACGAGAAAUCAAAUUGGAACCAGCUGAAUUUUAUAAUUAAUCUGAUAUUGGUCUUUGAUGAGAGUACUUUGGAAUCGGAUGUUCAGACUGAUAUAAUCCAAGGUGGCGUUGGUUUUAAUUUUACGACAUUACGUUUGAACUGCUUCCAUAAUGAUGAGUUCGAAUUAAGAAGUGCAAAGGUAACAGUUGUAAUAUAUGGAGUUGCCCAUUCUCAAACAUAAAAUGCUUUUAAUAUCUCCGACUAAAUUACAACGAAUUAAUUAGAUAAAUAAAAAAAAAACUUAUGAAAUAAAAACGCAA